UCAUGGAGAACAUGACACAUAAGCAAAUUCACUUCUCAAAUAAUAGUAUAGAUAUUCAUACUCCCUCGUUUUUUAAUUGAAAAAAAUACUUUUAUUUUCUAAACAAAAAGUCAUUAAUAUUUUUUUGUCAGCAAACUCAUUAAAUAUCUAUAUAACUAUAAUUCAACUAAUCAAAAAAUAAAUUACAGAAUAUAACGAGCCAUAUUAUAUAAGAAUUUACAUAAUUUUAUAUUUAAUUUUGAAAAGAUUAUAAAAAUUUUAAGUAAGACAAAUUUUUUGAAGUGUUAAAUAUUUUUUUUAAAAGAGAGAAUAUUAAUCAAUUAUCAUUACACUUUUGGUAAUCAAGAAACUCAAACCAUAAAAUAAUUAUGUUGGUAUCUUAAUAUAGUGUUGGAUUACCAAGAAUGAUCCUUUCUCAGAAAAAAAAAAACAUACUAAAAAUGCAUGGAAAAACAGAUAUAUGCUACUCUAGAAUAAACAAUUUUUUUUUGUUUCAAAUGUGUGAAAUAUUAAUGAUACAUGAAAUACAUAUGUUUGACACAAUUUUCAAUUUUUACAAGUAUUAAAUCAUUUUCAAAAGUAUGUUAAUGCAUGAGGCAGUAAAAUAUAUGUCAUUGAAAAAUAAUUUGAUACAUUCAUCUAAAAUAAAAGUUAAGACACUCAUGCCCCAACUAUCUACAUAUUCAAUAUGAAUACUAAUAGUCCAAAUUUCAUGCUACUUCUUUUUAAAACUUUUGGUGAAUAAAUUUGUAAUACUUUUAGUGAAUAAAAAUAUAAAAAAUUAGGAUUACAUGAAAUUAUGGAAUAUUCGAUUAGAUAAAAAAGCUAGCAGCUGCUAGUUUGAGUCUGACAUAAUAUUCCGCAUAUCUGUGAGAUCCUCAUUGUCACCGGCUAAAACAUUUUUUUCUUGAACUCUGGUGUGUUUCAUUUCAAAUGUAUGGACCUUAGUCUUAGUUUAGUGUAAACGUUAUUUUGAAACAAAAAUAUUAAAUGAUGCUUUUACCCAAAAACUGUUAAAUAAUGAAUAACAUAAAACUAUGAAUGAAUAAAUUUAUCAUCAAUUAAUUACUCUUCCACAAAUAAAACGUACGUUAUUUUGAAACAAAAAUAUUAAAUGAUGAUUUUACCCAAAAACUGUUAAAUAAUGAAUAACAUAAAACUAUCAAUGAAUAAAUUUAUCAUCAAUUAAUUACUCUUCCACAAAUAAAACGUACGCACUUCCCUAUAACAUCUCUAAUUCAUUUUCACCAAUCUAACAUCCUAAACCAAAGGAAAAUAUGGCAAAGUCUCUUUCCAUGUUAAUGUUUGUAUUCACAGUAGUAUCUUUCAUGUCUCACACAAUUUUUUCCCAAGAAUAUGAUUAUUCACUAGAAGAUGUGAGCAUACCUCCUAUACCAGAUUAUAUCGAAGCUCCAUCACAACCACAAGUGAGUUAUUACACGGACGAAGAGUUUGCUUUUCUUCAGGAUUGCCUUAAAAAGGUGGAGACGGAUUAUUGUGGAGCUAAAAUUUUGAAGGACAUGUUGGAUGAGACUACGACGCCGUUGACGAUUGGAUGUUGUCGUGAUCUAUUAAAGAUUGGCAGAGAUUGUCAUCUAGUAGUAGCUAAAUACGAAUCUGUACCCCAGAAUGCUUUUAUAGAUCCUAGUGCAUCUAAUGCAGUCGCAAAAAGCAAAUAUACAUGGAAGGAUUGUGUCCGCAGAAUUGAGAGCUACAUUGGUGCUCCCGAGCAAUCCCAAGAAUUUGAUCGAUAUUCACCAGAGGUACCUGAGGUACCAGAGGUACCAGAAGAUGUGAACAUAUCUCCUACGCCGGAUUUUGAUAUCCACGAUGCUCAUGAUCCUCCAUCCGCCGAUUCACCGUCAUUGGACCGAAGGUUGAGUUAUUACACGGACAAAGAGUUUAAUAUUCUUCAGGGUUGCCUUGACAAGGUGGAGACGGGAUAUUGUGGAGCUAAAAUUUUGACGGACAUGUUGGAUGAGACUACGACGCCGUUGACGAUUGAAUGUUGUCGUUAUCUAUUAAAGAUUGGCAGAGAUUGUCAUCUAGUAGUAGCUAAAUACGAAACUAUACCCCAGUUUGCUUAUUUUGAUCCUAGUGCAUCUAACGCAGUCCCAAAAAGCAAAUAUACAUGGAAGGAUUGUGUCCGCAGAGUUGAGAGCCAUAUUGGUGCUCCGAUCUCUUUGGAAUAACUAAACUAAUAUUUCAUCAGAUAUUAUAUGCGUUUUAAAAUUUUAUGAUUGUUUUAUUAUAUUAAAC